AUGGACAAUAAAGCGGAAUCUCGCAACACCACGCUUUCCGGUAGCAAACACUACUUGCUCGUCACUGCUAUUCUCGGGGCGUUCUUGAUGAAGGAAUUGGUGGCAGAAGGUGCAGCACAGCAUCCCGUCCGCUAUGAGGUCGUCGGCAGCAUGCGAAAUAUUACGGCCCAAGCUAUCGAGCCAUUAUCGCCAACCAUCAACGUAUUAGUCGCGAUCCCAGUGCGGUCUACCUAUUCGUGGAAGGUAGCAAUGAUCAAUGCGGUGAUGGGAGCCCUCGCGAUGUAUUACGUACUGGCUAAUGGCAGGCUGGACUAUAUCAAGUCGGCUUGUAUCGAGGCGCAGGAGCUCGAUAUUCCCAGCGAGCGAUUGGAAGACGAAUCCACCGUGUCGCGUCCAAGCGAUAACACGUUGGAGGACGAGGAAGUAGCCCGUGAAAGUGCCCGUGAAUCAGCGAUCGCGGCUGUGACACAAUCAGAAAGCGAUGAUUCGAAAAUCGUGAUCGCAGAAGCUACGCCGGAAACUGAGAUCGAAGAGCAGUUGGAAGAAGAGGCGGCAUCGUCUCUAGAGGGUGCGGGCGAGGAAAUACUAGAGCUGGAGGACCUUGAUCAGCUUGGGGAGUACCUAUACAGUCAGAGCGCCGACCCGACCCCAUCAGUGCGACCGGGCCUUUCCUUGCUGUACACAUCUGAGAAGCGACGGCGUUCUUCGGGUGGCAGCUUCGGCUACGCCCCUUGCGCUCCCGUCCCCGACAUUUCACUUCUGAUCUCUGGCCACCACACGGCACACCUUUCUCGCAGGCUUGCAGCUACGUCGGGGCUCAUAUUCAAAAGCUCAAUGGCGUCAGACCUGCGUCAUAUCCACAACAGUAUCCAUAGAGCUCGGAGUGUUAUUGAUGGGAUUCGGAAAAUAAGUGGCGCCCCAGGGCUCACUGUCGCCGUGAUUCAUCAUGGCAUUACCAUCCACGAAGACUACUUCGGUUAUCGAGAUGUUCACUCACAGCUACCCGUCAAUGGAAAUACAAUAUUCCAUGUUGCAUCGCUGACAAAGGCGAUCACGGCUGCUGCAGUGGGCAUAUUGGUUGAUCGCGGAGACCUGCGAUGGGAAACGCCAGUGGACGAGAUUCUGCCCUUCAACAAGACCACAUGUCCAGAGAAAUCCAAAUUGAGCGUUAUAGACUUUCUGAGCCACAGGACCGGCACCACUUGGGCAGACGCGCUUUAUCUACAAUCGAACAAUGCCAUCCUCCUACCGAAGGAGGAAAGUCUGCGAACAUUUGAGUACUUGCCUGUGGUCGCUUCGCCGAGAACGCGCUUCCUCUACAACAACCACGCAUACAACAUUCCGGGCCUUCUCAUCGAAGCAGUAUCCAAGCAAUCCUACGGAGAUUUCGUCAAACAAAGCAUAUUUCGUCCUUUAGGCAUGUCCAGGACCUACACACGCCAACCAGACGACACGAAUGUGGCGAUACCGUACAACAUAUUGAGAGAUGGAACACCAUUCAGAAUUCCAUUCUCAGAGGCAUCAGAUAGCACGAUGAUGUUCUCAGGGAUAUCCGUCCGAACAACGGUUUCCGAUCUCUUGCGACUGUAUCAUGCUUUUCUGGUUGCCCUUAGACCUCUAGUUCCUGGUGGGCUCUCUCUGAGCACCUCCAAAUCAAGGGGACUCGCGACGCUCAGUCAAAAGUUGAGCGAUGUUUUGUUUGGUCACGGAUGCUCAUCGUCGCUGAGGGACAUCACAUGCACCAUGAACGAGCCAACUGCAUGUCCUUCGGUGAUCAAGCAGACCGCUCAACUCUGCUGUCCCCGCAUUGCUCGAAACACCGAGAGCUUGUUUGAGCAGACACACUCGCUCGGUUGGAACCGGACUCAGCUCCCGGGAAAGCUCGACUUUGGCUGGAACUCUAGCAUGGUGAAAUCUAUGCCCCUGUUUGGUGGUAAAUUCCCGGGGAAACUCGCAAUCUGGCAUGGAGGAAAUAUGCCAGGCACUACAGCGGCUGUCAUACUGCUUCCAGAGACACAAACAGCUGUAAUCGUCUUGCAGAACUCUCUUGGCCUCUGCGAUGCAGCAGACCUCACCGCACAAUUGCUUGUUGACUGCAUAUUCGCUGGCAAGCCACAGAACGACUACGCUGCACUAGCCUCGGAGGCUGCAAUGAACGGGGCUGAGAGGAUGGAGAAAGUCGCGGCUCGACUUGAAGAGGAACGAGAGAGAGGCACAACACAUAGGCCGUUACACGAUUACGUUGGUAUGUAUGAGAACUCAAUCCAGAACUGGACGAUUGAGAUCGGAAUCGAUGUCGACUGUCAACUUUUUCUAAGAUUUCAGAAACGGACCGAUGAGCAGUACGUCUUGCGCCACUACCAUCACGACGUCUUCGUUUGGAACCUGACAUACGAUGAGAUGGUGAAACGAGCACAAUACUGUCGGCCUCAUGCAUUUUAUAGGAUACACUUCGAGGCGGCCGAUUGUGGAAGUGUCACUAGGCUGCGAUGGCAUCAUGAUCCGAACGUAGCAGAAGGGGAGGUUUUCACGAAGAGGAAUGCUUAA